CAUCUUCUAAAAAGUCCUCGAAGAAUCGGUAUGAGAAGUAGCACAGUUGUUCAUGGAGAGGUUUCUUUGUCCUGGAACUAAUCUGGUCGAUAUUUUUCACCAACGUGUAUUCCUCUUAUUGGAUUGGCUUUGUUUGCGAUCGUUUCUUUGUUGACACAAGUGCCAAAGAAUAUAUAACCCAUGAUUAUUGAAAACAAACUUUUCCUACAGUACAUUCGCCACUUCUUAGUAGAUUUUGCGGAUCUUAUGAUAUUGGAACCUUCACUGCUUAGAACAACGCUUUCUUGGACAGUUCGUAUUCACCCUUCGAAGCAAGAUGUUCGAAAAACUGCGCUUAUCUUACCUCUGGUUCUCGUCGAGGGUUGUUGGAAUUGUCUCUUUUUGUUUCAAAGGACAACCUGUUGGUGAUUGUUUCUGGUUGUUGGACGUAUUGUUGCUUUUAGCAGGUAUCCGAAGUGAAUCGACAUUGAAUUGGGCCAACGAGCGGAAGAUUCGCAGUAUCACCAACUGCCUGUAUGCUUAUCAUUCCUAUGUAUUAGUUUUUCAGCUGUAUGCUUCUUUGAGCACAAAAUUUGACGACACAUCGUUGGUCGUUUUCGACAUGGUAAAAGUGGCAGUAACACUUCUAUCAGGUAUGAGAAUAUUGUCGAUAGUGCUUCUCCGGGAGCCGAUUGCGUCUCUGAGAAACUUCGUCACCAGCAAUCGUUUGAAUUCCGGAGACGCAGUCUUCGAUGAACUCGAACGGAGGAGGUUUAACAAAUUCAGCCGAGCUGCUCUACUCGUUAUAUACGGCGCGACAGUCUUGGACACAAUUCUGUUGUCUGUACCAAAUUCAUCGAAGGAUAGCGUUCUAGAGCUACCCCCUCAAUUGGUUUCGACAGGAAAAUAUGCGUCAAAUACUUUGUACUUUUUAUUCGUUGGACUUCUGGCACUCUCCAUAGUUCCAAAAAUGUUCAGUGCACUAUCCUGUAGCCAAGUUCUGCUCGUGGGAAUGCGAUGGAAGUUUAAGAUGUUGGUUCAUCGUUAUGAAACAAUUGCAAAUCUGAGGUUACUGGACGUAGACGAUUACUAUGAACGUAUAGAGUGCAAAGUGCUAGAAGCUGUGGAACAACAGUUGGAAUUUUGGAGUUAUCUACAGAUCUUGAAGGAUUUAGUUGCGAAGCAAUUCUUCCUGGUCCACUACUUCUCGGUCGGCGCUAUCGGAUCUAUGCUGUAUGUUUCCCGUGAUAUCGGCCUUAACAUACUGUCCGUCGCUGUUUUUGCAUCUACGUUGGUGUUGAUGCUGGAAUACUUUCUGUGGUGCCAUCUGGUUGAUUCGUUUGAAGAUGUGGCUGACUCUGUUGGAAGUCGUAUUUUCGAGCUUUGCGCCAAGAUUCCCUACUCUCCGAAGUAUCGUACUCGGUACAGGAAACUGCAAACAUCGCUUAUGAUCACCUGGAUCGUGGCUCGCAACGGCGUAUCAAUGAAUUGUAUGGGACUGUUCAAAAUUUCAACAAUCGCUUUUGUAGGCUUCGUUAACACUGCUUACUCGGUGCUGAUGUUUCUGAUAAAUAUGCAUUGAACAUUUUUUUAAUGGAAUUUUAUUUGAACAAAUGAUUGUAAUGGAUUGUGAUUAGUCAAUAGAGCAUUGUUACCAAAUUUGUUGUGAAAUAAAUGUUGUAAUAUUUUUUUAA